AGAUGUGCACGAGAGUGUUUCCAGGCUCCGUGGAAUUGCCGGGAUUUGAACAUUCGAAGUGCCCGAAUUUGGAUGUGGAUCGUCGAGAGGAGAUUCAAUUGAGUCGAGGGAUGGCGUCAGCCAUGGCGAGGACGCUCUCGGUUUGUCGGGCGUCGUCUCUUGCCCGAGUAUCAGGAGCUUUGAGCCAGAGCAGCAGCAGCAGCGGCAGAAAUUGGACGAGGAAUCGUUGCGGAGAAUUGGUCGGGAAUGGCGGUGACUGGCGUUUGAUGAGGUUUUUCUGUAGAGAAUUCUCUAACGAGAGGAGGGUGAGGGCGAUUGCGGCCCGUGGCCCGGUGCGCAUCGUGGCCGCUACUAAACGAGGAGCUGCUGCAGCUGUUAGAGAGCAGGUGGAGGAUGAGGAAACUCAGGAUGACGAGGACGACGAUGAUGCGGAGGGGAGGGAAAAGGAAAAGCCUGGUAGGAAUGUGCUGAAAAAGCAAUCCGCCAGAGCUAAAGAAUGGGGACGUGAAUUGGCCGCUCUUUCCCCGGCUCAACUUCGACAAGCUUGCAAGUGGGCAGGUUUGGACGAGGACGUGUACGAUGCUGUCAUGUUAGUCAAGAAUCUUGGAAGCAGCUCGAGGGUGAAACACGGCAGACGCAGACAGUACAAUUACAUAGGUGGACUUCUCCGUGACGCUGAUGCUGAAACCAUGGAGUCCGUUCUCAAAGCCACCAAAGACGGUGAUGUUGAAGGUCUCGUUUUCAUACCAUCUAAGCUGCCAGAGGAAGUGGAUGCUGAGGCUGGAUGGGAUGAGGAGUCCGAGGAGGAGGAGGAGGAAUCAGAGGAAGAUGAUGCCGCACUCGAAGAGGCAAAAUCAUGGGUUCAAGGUAUGGUAGCAGGGGUGCGAGCUGUUGAGGACGAAGUUUAUUCUAUAUACGAUGUCGAAUUCGAUCGCCAGGAGCUACGGAAACUGGUUCGUGAAGCUCGGACAUUCGAAACUGAGGCUUCUGCAGCCUCGGGCGAUGCUGGAGAAGCAGAGGGAGGGGUAGAGGUCUCAAAAGAAGAGCUUUCAGCCUUGAAGUCUAAGUCUGAAAGAGCUGAAAGGAAGCUGCUGCAGUUUUUACUGAAGAUAGUCAAAGAGAGAAGGGAUAAUGUAUACUACACUGACGUACAAUAGAUAAACACUUCAUUUAAAACGCCUCUCCCAUAAUGUGUUUAGUGGUCCUUCUGCAUUGUAAAAUAAUUUGCAGAGCGUGGGGCUUCUUCGUUCUGGGAAUCCUUAGAAAGGGAAAUGCCUCUGUAAAUGUUCCGUUAAGUUUAUAAACUACCAAGGAGUCCAUUUGAUGUC